AAAUUCCUUCUAAUGGGUUUUAGCCUCUCCGGCUGCUUCUUCUUCUUCAUCUUUCUCACUCAUCAGAAAAAAGGGUUUUAGGGCUAUUUUCUCUCUCUAGGGUUUUGAGCGCCAUGGACAGGUACACGAAGGUGGAACAGAAGAAACCUGAUAUACCUAUCAACGAGAAUGAGAUCAGAAUCACUUCUCAGGGCUUGGUUCGUAACUACGUCAGCUAUGCUACUACUCUUCUUCAGGAGAGACGUGGGAAAGAAAUUGUGCUGAAAGCAAUGGGACAGGCAAUUAGCAAGACAGUAACCAUUGCAGAAUAUAUCAAGAGAAACAUUCCUCGAUUGCAUCAAGAUACUCAAAUCAGCUCCAUAAGCAUAACUGACGUUUGGGAACCUAUUGAAGAGGGUCUUUUCCCUGUGGAGAUGACUCGCCAGGUGUCAAUGAUAUCAAUUACUUUGUCAACCAAGGAGCUAAACAAGAAUUCACCAGGGUACCAAGCUCCACUCUAUGUUGAGAGGCCAAGGCCACAGUAUAACAAUUAUCAGAGACAACAACAACAACCACCAAGAAACACACAGCAAGCUUACAAUGUGAUCAAUGAAGAGCCAUAUGGUGGAAACUACCAUGGAAACAGGGGGGGUCGUGGUCAAGGUGGGGGAAGAGGAGGGAGGGGUCGUGGGUGGAACAGGGGUGGUGGGUAUGGGUAUGGGUAUCAAGGGGGGGAUGGGUAUAGGAACUACCAGGGUGGUGGUGGUGGUGGUGGUUAUGGUAACUACCAGGGUGGUGCUGGUGGUGGCAGGGGGUAUGGGAACUAUCGAGGCGGCAGGGGGUAUGGAAACUAUCAAAGUGGCGGUGAUUAUGGAAACAACUAUCAAAGUGGUGGUGGUGGUGGUGACUAUGGAAACAACUAUCAAGAUAACAAUGGUUAUGUAAACCGUGGUCGAGGUGGUGCCCGUGGUGGGAAUGCAGGCUACCGUGGAGGUGGGUUCAUGAGAGGAGGUGGUGGCAGGGGAGGUGGAGGUGGAAGAGGUAGGGGGAGGAUGGGCGGCCGGUCUAGGGAAGGUGGCGAGCCACAGCAACAGUAGGCGGCUAGUGGUGCUUGGUUGGUUUGCUCUAUUUAAUCAGUAAUUAGUGAUUUUAUUAUCUAAAAAAAAAUCUAAUGAUGUUUUUUUUCCCUUUUUUUUUCUGGGUAUUGGGCGAGGUUUGUUAUUAUCUAUGGUGUUUUGGUAAUAUUGUUAUAUAGCAAAAGGAGCAAGUCUUCUUUGUUCGACUAGUACUAGGUAGGAUGAAUGCUUUUGGUAUAUUCUGAUCUGAGCUACUUUUUUCACUGUAUAUCGCCAUAAAAAAGGUUUGCUUUUAUUAUUCA